AAACGAAAACCACAAACUGGUUCGAUCCUUUACCGGCACACUGCUUGUCGAAAAGCUGGAAGGGGAAGAAAGAAAGAAAUAUGAACCUCCUGGCAUUCCAGAUCAUAACCUUUUUAUUCUUUGGCUUAUUCAUCUUCAAAGGUCUAUACGGCAAUCUUGCUCACGCAUUUUCACUAUCCACGGCUGCAAGACGAGGACGUAACAAUCCGGACCAUGGCAACAAUGCAAACCAAAAGUACAAACCAGUAGUGGUCGUUGGGAAGAUUAUUAUUGACGAAUACGGCGAUCCUUAUCCGUCUUCUGGCGAGAAGAACACAAUAAACAAACAUGGUGAUCAGAGCAGUUAUGAACCGCGAGAAACAGAAGCUUCGCCACUAUCCAUAAGCAUCGGUGGAGGUGGUCCCCAAGCUGCGUUUGGUGCCGCUGCAGCCCUUGCUGUUUGGGAUUCAUAUCAUGUGAAUGGCAUAGGUGAUAAGAACUCCAGUGUCAGCUCAAUGAAAUUGACUCCUUCUUGCCAACAACCGAUACCACCUGUCCUAUUCCUGGCGCCAGUUGGCAAAGAUUGGACGAAGUCGGAGACGAUAGCAUUGUUGUCAGCCCUAAAUACAACCACCAGUAGAAGCAGUAGUGGUGGCGAUUGUAAAGAAUGCAUUACCCCGGCUUCUAUUACUUCGCAAGGUCAGAACAAUAAUAUCGUUACACACUUGAUUCAAAGUGAAGAUAGUAUAACCCCAAGGAUACGGCUAUGGCAUGACCAAGACCAGGUGGUUCACUGGUAUGCCAUCAACGACUCCUUUGGUCCGAAGGGUGCCGAUGGAUUAUGGAGAAACAGACCAUCGGCAGAGGAUUUGGUUUCAGUGUUGUCUACCGAAAAUUGCAGUGAGUGCGAUGGCAUAAUACUCCAUGUCAUUGCCGAGGCUGGAAAAGAUGCUGCCGGUGGUCAAUUGGAUUGCCUGCCACUGAUCACCGAUCCAACGCUAGUGGAAAGUCACCUUUCGUUUCUAGGAAUCGAACCCGUUGCAAGUGGCGAAUCUAUUGAAGAGGAGGAUGCGUUGUCAGCAGGAACUAUUCUAGAGGGCUCCUGGAAGAAAACGAGCUCGUUAGAUUCGGUCUUCUGGUGCCCCGACUACGCGCUUGAUCAGGCCAUGAGGAAGCACAACAUCUACGACACUUUCCACAAGAAUGGCGGAAAGGACAAGGAAUCCACAUCUAUCCUAGUUUCAACGAGGGACGGUCCUCGUGGAAGCCAAAUCUGGUACCCGUUUGGAGACGGCAGCAGCAGGGAUAUUACGAUCCCUGCAGCGGCCCUCUCCACCAAAAAUGGCGAACCCAUCGAUCCCACUGGUGCUGGAAACGCCUACUCGGCGGCCAUGACGGCUCUGUUAGGAAACAGUGUUCCAUUAAAUAUAGCUGCGUCCAUCGCAACAGGGGUCGGUGCGGUUGUCUGUGAAUAUGAAGGACUACCGACGGCCAUGAUCAACAAGGCAACUUGGUCCAAAAUAGUAGAGCGAAUCCACGAAGCAGCCACGGAAGUCAGAGCGAAACUGAAAGAAGAACACUAACUGCCCAUGACAAUGCCAGCUAGAUCACAGCUGUUGUAUCCUAUGAAAAAGUCUACGACCUAAAUGGUUCUAAUGAAAACAAAUCCAUUGUGAAAUCCUCAACGUGUUGAAUAGUAUGAAGCCGUUGCACUGCCUUUCAAAUAUAAAUACGAGUCCAGC